AUGUCAAAUAUUUUGGGCAUUCAAGCAUUUGGCACCAACUUACGAUUAUGGGAGUGGUGGGAAGACGCCCUUGCGGCUGUUCUCGGAGCUAGUGGGCUACUUGGAAUUAUUGCGCUUGUAUAUUUCCUUUGGCAUUCGAUUUCCAAGCACCUAAGUAUCAGUAAGGAUGAGCUUGUUCUUCCACCCUCAAUCCUGGAACGCAUCCGUCUUCUGUCGCACAACGUAAACACUAUCCGCCGAGAUCAUAUACUCUUCCCGCAACCAACAUCAUUUGGUGUGUAUCUGGGGUAUCUCAGUAAUCCAGUUACGGAAGAGGAGGCCAAAUUACUUUCACAAUGGGAUGUCAUAGUGUUGGACUAUCGCGCGACAGGGGUUCUGGAAGCUGUCAACGAUGAAAACAUUCCCUUAGGACGUCAAGUCAUCGCCCGAUUAGAUUUACAGCAUCUGUUGCAUUCAGGCGUUGUGAGUGAAGAUAAACCACUGGAUAUCGUCGAAUUCAUCUAUGGAGUCAUUCAGCAAAAUCUACGACGAUCGAACCGACGAAGGUCUUUUACGGGUGUACUCGUUUCUGAAUGGCGUGGGUGUAUCUCGACACUUCUUCUGAACGGACUAGCACACCUUUUUUCGGCUCAUGGGUUAGACGUAUACGUGGAAAUUGGUCCCCCAGACUUCUUAGAGGGUGCCGAAAGACUUGAUCCUUCGACUUUUGCUGGAUUGGUUGUUCGAGGCGGAUUGAUUGCGCAAGAUGGGGAGCGGCGAGACUUUUUUGAGGUUGACAAGAUGGAGACAACGCUGAGGGCCUUCUUGUCUCAGGCGCGCCAACGGGCCCUCACUACUUUGAUGUGGGAAACCGUCGACAAUGAAGCCAACCCCUCACAUGCUACCAUAAGGUGGGCUCAUAGGUGGUGCAGAUACCACGGCGCAAUAUUUCAUCUGACGAGUCAACGAGCUUUGACCAACGUUGCUCAUAUUUCUUGCUACAAAGAGCCGUUGGCUGCAUUUCAGUGGCUGAAAGAUCGACGAGUUAUGAAUGUACAUGAAAAGUUUCGGACAGCAAGCAAGCCUGCGAGAGAUACUUCCGGCAUCUUAAGAGAUCUACUUCCGCUACAGGAUUUGUUUCCGCUUCUCAGUACGACCCUCAAAGACCUGCAAACCUCAUAUCAUGAUGAUGACGACGGCGACGAUGUAUCUAUUGCGUCUAUGUUCACUUGGCAAGCACCACAGGACAACAACCUCACGACCUCACUACCCCGAGAAUCUGUAUCGACCGCAUCUCGCAGCCAAAACUGGAGUCUUUAUCUCAAGAGUUGCGCUGGAAACCCAACCUCCUACUCUUUUGACGGGACUAUGUACGGCCCUUUCGGCUGCUUUCCAAUAGGAAUGACCGUCUCCAAGGCAGACUUUGUCGAUGUUCUACAAUCACAACGCCAGUUACGGGAUCUACAACUGCUUGAUAGAUUACCCAUUCAGGAAUUGCGUGCAGCCGCAGGGAUCCUGAGUAGUUACAGUAUGAGAUGCAACCAAUCUCAGGACGUGUCUCCGACGUCACGGAAUGCUAUUUUCAAUCUCGCAAACGGGCUGGCCAAAGCCACGGAUGAGGUCGACGGUACAUGUUGGCUGCAUGUGUACCGUGGACUCGACUCUGGAUUUCACACACCAAGAAAAGCUCGAUUUUGGGCUGUCUGGGAAGUAGAUCCGGAGACAAAUCUUACAACAAUCUAUGUCUCCAAGAAUGUGACUAACCUUACUGAGGUCUUGCUCCAUACAUAUUUGAGUGCAUCGGGUUGCUCGAGGUAUCAGUGUCUUCUCAUGGAAUACAAUUUGAAUCGUUUUCCAUCCGAACCACGCUCGCCCAAAUGUUUACCACAAAGAAUGGCUGAUGAUCUUCGUCUUCUGUCACCCGCGGAUCUUCUCCUUUACCUUCAACACCUCAAGUUCUCACAUUGGGGUGGAGGAGGAUGUCCAUUGAUCUCAACCAUACGUGUCGAAUGUCAGCGACUUCUUAUUGACAUGCCGACAUACCAGCAAUUGAAAAACCAGAGCAAUAUGGACUACAUCAGCGGUACAAUCACAGAUGGAAUUCUGGUGAAAUCCAGGUUGGAGUGGUACACCCUCCACCGACUCGAGACCUUUAGCCAACACAAGGCGAUUGAGUUAUUCAGACACAUCGAUAUUACCUUUCGACAGCUGUUGAUGCGACGAGACCGUCAUCAGUUGGACAAAAUUACGUUCAUGAUCGAAGAUCUUACUAGUAAGCCAAAGAUCGGCUCGACCGCGGACUACAUAUUAUUCUGCAUAUUUUGUGCAGCUAAGAAGGCAGCCUUUGAGGAAAUUUACAUUGAGGUCUCGGACCGGAACAAAUUGUUCAACCAAUACUCGGAUCAGAGUGCGGCGUUUGCGGAACUCUUCGCUCUAGGAUCUCAGUGUGAGGCUUACUUUGACAUCAGUCCUAGCGAAAUGGGCAUUAUUCUAUCUAAAAAGCAUAGAGAUCACUACAAUCGAGUGGAACAUCAACCUCCAAUGCAGGUCCCCAAAGCGCCUAUAUAUGCUCCCAUUCACACGGUUGUCCAGAGCGACAUCGAUCUAGAUCACAAAUCUUGUACAGUACCCGGAUAUCGUCGAUUUACCUUUUUAAGCAUCUUUGCGAUCCCGGUCCUAAUCGACAUCCUUCUUAUGUCGACUACCGGGCACGGUCUUUUCCUCAGCGCAUACAUGACCCGUCAACAGCAAAAGUAUGGCUCCAUAGCGUUCUUGUGCUCUUUACUUCUUUCUGGAGCUAUUGGGACUUGGGUCUCGAUUGGUGGAACCUAUUACCUUGUCUCAUCGGCAUUUUCUGCUGCCAACAUGUUUGUUCUCACUCGUCUUGUUGGUGGUCUAGCAUUCACAUUUGCCGGAGCUGUUAUAGGUUUUGUUGCAAUCUCUACCGUGGAGAGCGCAGAAGCUGGCGCUGUAUUUUUCUUCUAUUUGUUUGGACUUACGGCCUACUUCUCCACCCUGGCUGUUCUCACCACCUAUCGAGUUCCGGGAUCGAACUUUCUCGCUGGGAGAAAGGUAAUCCUGAUGAUCCUCCCGGUUCACGUCAUCUCUCCUAUACUUACCAUCUGGAUAUCUGGAUUUGAUGUUGUAAUUUAUCUUUGUUCCCUGUUUUUCAUUGUCACUAGUUUGAUUUUCGGCAUACGGCGGCUCUUCGCCCAAUGGGCUAUCUGGCAACAUACAAUCAGGACGCCCAGCGAUGCGGAAGUUAAGGAGUGGUUUGAACAGUGCCAAGAAGCAGGAAUCUCUCCCUAUCUCAAAUCUGGAAGUAAAGACGUAGAAACCAAGACCUCAACUUUGGGAGGUAGCACUAUUACCACGUCUUCCAAGUCAUCCUCCGAUGAGUUGGGCGUCUUUCAAAGUCUAAGUCAGUCAGCCGUGCUCACUCUUUGUCGAGAGGCGUUGCAUCACGCUGUGAUGAAAGAGAAGAAUCGUCGGUUCUGGCAGAAGCCUACUAAGGAUAUCUUUGUCAAGCAAUUAGCAGAUUGCUGGGACGCAACAAUAUUUCUUCUAGACUGGUAUGGCCGCCAGACAGACACCAAAAGACAGCUUCCUUACAGUUCGACUUGGAAUCUCACAACCCAGGUUGCUCUUGAAAAUAUGCAUCAGUCACAAAAGGGCAUAAGGAUGCACAACUCAUUUGUUCAUUGGCGUAUUGCUGGAGACGAGAUUGGCUGUACAGUUUUGUACUUUCUUGUCAUUCUAAUGGACCGAUGUUUGACCGUGGUACAAGGCCGCCAACUAGUGGGUCUGGCAACCGCUUUAGACACCAAGGUCCGCCUGCCUCUGGGGUUUGGCCUGGCCUAUUAUCUCGUGGGAUCCAUUCUUCUGGAUCACAACGCACAGCGCUUACACAUAUUAUCGGUCCAGCUUUCUCCGGCCACGAUCGAGAAUACAUCUCAGGCUUGGAAGGUAAUGACGGACGACCUAAAAGCCAAACGCCGUCUUUAUUUCACCACGCUAUGUCGCUACAUUGGAGUGCACAUGUGGGUACUUGCCCUAUUCACAGCCCUGAACUGGGUUUUCAAUGGAUCAUCGGCUGGAACAAUCAUGUUCUUGGCGUACGUGGGUGCAUACAGCGGCUUGCUGCUCUACCAGUACAACACGAUCUUCUCUGGUCCAAACGUACCUUUACCACUCCUAGUCUCUGUUAUUCUUGGAUAUGUGUUAGGUAGUGUCCUAGUGACGGUCUCUCCGGAGUUCGAGUACAACGAAGUCAUCACUCUUGCGAUCUCAACGUGGACAACAGCUCUUUUGUCGUUAAAGCCCGCUCAACUACGUCUGCCUGUCGCUCUGAGUGUCCGGAUGCGCAUGUCGGAGAUGCUCGCGGGAUUCAAGCGGUUCAUGAUACACACUGCACCAAACGACUUGGAUGGCACCAGAGGUCUCGCAUCGCAGCUUGGAUUAUAUCAGCCUGGUAGAGAGAAAUACCACAUAUACGGUAGUAAGCUUGACGAAACAUCCAGCCAAAGUGAUCUUUGGAUGCUCUUCAACAAAAUGCGAGCUAUUCCAGAAGAAGAUAUGUUCUGCGUCCUUCCUUCCAACAAUAUCGGCGAUCAGGUAGUAGCGUUGUUGCUCUCCAAUACCCAUGAGAGAUUAUGUGGACUAGUGGCUGCUGCUUUUCCUACGAUGCCGUCUCUAGUGAGUAGAAUCGUACAGGAAUGGAAGAGCGGGUCAAUACAAGUUUUCCUUGUUUCUAUGCAAUCAAUAGAAGUCACUGGUAUUACUCUUCGGGCAAUCUCUCGUUUUGCCGAAGGACCUCUGGUCAUUUACAUCACUUCGGACGCAUGUUCUCCAGCGUCGGGGCAUAUGAAGAUCGAGAUAAACUGUGUGAAUAUCGCUGAAACGAUGGUACAUGCCUAUCUCGAAAGCGUACUUGGCAUGCCCCAUGACCAGGCAAGGAUCGCUGAGCUCACUCUCACUCACCGAAGCGAUGAUAACGAAUCGUUCGCUACCUCAGAACUCUGCCAAAAUUCGAUGCUUUCGUGUGUAUCUGGUCCUGACAGCUCUGCCUUGGAAUUGGCAUAUCGUAAAGAAUUGCUGCGAAAUCUCAGUUUUGGCUAUGACUGCGAUAUUCAGUGGAAUCAUCUUUCAUUGGUGGCACGUCAGUUGAUUCUCAAGAGGUGCCUUGGUGCCACCGAUCCUUGUACGGAAGUGGAACUGGCGUGGAUUAGUGCAAAGGUUUCGGCGGAAGACUCUUGCACGGCACUUUCGCGUGUCGCCCGAUACGAUCUCGGUGCGUAUCUUGCUGUCAGUGACUACAAUCGUAUCAGGUGUAGGGGUAACUGGCUUGGUGGAGAUAAGAGAAACAUACAGAAUAUUUCUGCUGUGCAAGAGUCUUCCUCGGUACAGUAUGGCUCUGUCGUAUCAGUUCUAAACAAUCUUGAGCGAUACAUCAGAAGUCCAGUUGCCUACGUCUACCAUCGAAUCGGCACUUGGAUCAAGCUCUUCAUUCUCGCAAAUAUGGCAGAUGCAGAGUAUCAACGCGAAUUGAAAGGUGUUCUGGGUGACACAAACCGCGCCUUGGUCAAGUCAGUGACUUUCGUCCUUACGGGUUUGUGGAUGUACAGUAGAGCUCUUAUGUCCGUUACCAUUCCAUUCUUUCUAUACCACCGCCGGGCAGUUAUUGGUCAUAUCGCCAAUACUGUUUAUGGUAGCCUGGUUAUCCAAAAGAAAAACCGCUUGAUCAUUCGGCGACACGAAACUACGGAGACAGCGUUUGUCCGGUAUACAGGGAAUAGUAGCUUUGACCUCGUGUAUUUCACAGGAGAGCUGCAAGUCAUGCCCGAUCGGGAACAUAUCAGAGUCGCAAACUAUGACGAGGACAUGCGCAUGACCCAGUGUCAAGAAUUUCAGGAUGGACAGAUCACGAGCGCCUUUGCUUAUGAGUAUAUCCCCCAGCGUGUACAUGGUGUGAUGGGAAGCUCGAAUACUAUGGGCAGUCGAAUGCCAGUAAGCAGGCUUUGCCUCCGUGGGAGCGACGUGGGAGCGACGGUUCACUACAACAAUAAAGGUCGUAUCGAGUCUGGGAGCUAUGUCAAGGAGGGAAACUUGACUCGCUUCAAGUACCAUUACCGCACAAACGCCAGACACGAGGAUGAACUUCUGCGCGCAGAAAUCGUGCUCUCACACAUGUCAGUCAACGUUGAAUGGUGCGCUCCUCCUCCACGUCACGCCGAGAAGCCAGAUCGAUGGGUCCCAACACCUUUUGUGCAAAACGCGACCUUUGUUCAAGGCGCCGACACGUAUGAAUGCACAUGGCUCUAUGAUCAUAAAUUGCACCCACUCAUCUCUACAAAGCUGAACAGUGAACUGGUCGAUACUCCAGACAUGAUCCGUUACGAUUGGCUUGAUGUGCUCAGGAAGCCUACACACUGCAACUUUACGGAUGAGAACCCUUUGCUGAGAUUCCAGUCACCUAAAUCGAGCUUUCUGGGCAGAUUACUUCACACAAACGUGAAGCAGCAGAAAGCUUCAGUUUCAAGAGUUCGCUCUCGACUGUGGCAAGCAUGGAAGGAGCGAAAGGAUCUCGAUGGCGUAACCACGAGAUGGGUUGACGAGGAGCUUAUACGGAAGGACACGUUAUUAAGGCCAUAUUGGCGUCGUCGUGACCGUGGAAGCCUUGCCAAUGCAAAAGAAUACCUAACAUCACACGCCGAUGCGAUCAUGGCAAGUUCAGAUCUGACGAGUAUCAUCAGUGCAUGGACACCGCUGGCCAUCCGUGCGAGCGAUCUUUUUAGUUUCACCCAGGGCGGAGAUUCCGUGAGAUACACAAAGAGGGAGACUGUCCAGGACGACACUAACCGUGAUCUCCAUGUCCUUGCGGUAGACACUGGUACUUGGCCGAACGAGGGUGGUGGUGUAUCAGCUUGUCGACGUGACGUGAUCAACAAUUUGGGCACCAUCAAGUGGCAUAUGGUUGUCGAGUCUGCGAAUGAUUUUGGAUUGCCCAAGUUUCAGACCGAGAAGAACGUUGAGUCGCUGAAGGUACUUCCCCUGUGGGGGAUCGACUUCAUGUAUCCAAAUCACGGUAUCUUUGGUAAUAAGCCGGACCACGAGAUCGACCACUUGAUGGAAAAAAGCACAGUCAUCGAUGUCAGGGACAACUUCAUUCCUAUCUUAGCCACACUCGUAUGUGGUGCCCGAUCCAUCAAUAUGACACCAGCGAUCGCCAGCGAAGCUACUCGAGCAUUGGUCAACCUCAAUGCGUUUUUUGAGGGUUCGCGUCAUUGGAGAGAAGUAUGGACAAGCAAUGUCGUCAAAGAUGCAUGGAGAGAGCUUUGGUUGAUGGACGACAUACCAAACACUCAGCCGCCUUCAGAAUGGUUUCGCACUGAACUACCAACUUUGACACAGCUCGACACAGCGCUGGAACUGUGGCUAAGAUAUCUUUACAUAUUCUCCGUACCUCUACCCAAAAAGAUUCCUCACGUGUUUCAGGCAUCUCAUCACAGUAUCUGGGACCAUGCGAUCUCCUGGCGGGAAACGAACCUGUAUCUUUCUUCAGCUAUGUGUACACUGCCGCCAUUUGUUCGAAACGCCUUGUUGGGAUUGAUGAAGUUGACUUCGUGUCUCGUUCUACAUCAUGCAGAUCAGAUCCUUCCAUGUGCCGACUUUUUCAACCCUGGCUGGGAGACAGAAAUCGGUAGCGCCCGAGGCCAACUCACUCAUCGCAAUGUCUUCCGUCGAAAGAUCGACCCGGUCGUCAAUGGCAUCACUGACAUGCAGAAGUUUGCACCAAUCACCGAGAUCAAAACUAAAACACCAACGGUGACCAUGCUCUCCCAUAUCUGGUUCGCGAAAGAUAUCAAGACCGCUCUACUCGCAGCGGACAUCAUCACCAAUGAAUGGGGCUUCAAGGACUACCAGCUCGAUAUCUACGGUGCACUAAACAAGUCACCUGUCUAUGCUUCAGAAUGCCAAGGGAUUCUUGCCUCAAAGGGACUCGGCCAGAAUGUGGCACUGCGAGGCACGGCAGAUCCAGCUGUAGUCCUCGCAGAUACAUGGGUCUUCCUCAAUUCAUCCGUAUCUGAAGGCUUACCACUCGCAUUGGGAGAAGCUGCUUUGACUGGCGCGCCUAUCGUAUGUACAGAUGUCGGUGCUUCACGGCGCGUGCUCACUGAUCCGGAGAACGGAGCCUGCUUCAGCGAAGUCGUCGCACCAAAUGAUGCGUACGGCCUAGCUCGCGCGCAAAUCAACCUCCUUGCCAUGAUAGAUCAUUGGGCACAGUACGCGGAAGACAAUAUAGGUCAGCCGGUUCCAGUGCUGCCGCAUAGACCUUCACCCGAGGACGUUAAGAUCAUCACAAAGAGGAUGUAUGAGAAGAGCAACCAGCGAAGGAAUUUGGGCAUGAUGGCGCGAAGUAUUGUGGAAAAGUCCUUUGGAGGAGAGAGGUAUCUAAGAGAGCACGAACAGAUGCUUUGGAUUGGGAAGGCGUAUCAUGGGAUGCGCAAUCGGGGGAUAGACCUGUCAACUACAUAG